CUGAUUAUACAUCUUCACCAAGAAUGGAAAAGUUUCAAAAGCAACUGAGCAUUACAAUGGGGGAGGAGAAGUCGUGCAAUAGUAUAGGAUCAGCGGUUCACGAGUCUGAUGUUGUGCAAGCAGUGGUCAGAAAGACACCUCCAGCUGACUACACAUUGAAGAUUGACUCAUUCGCUUUUCUUCUUGAAAUGCUCGAGAAAACAAAAGCAAAGAGUUAUAGUUCAAGGAUUUUUGAAGCUUCUGGUUAUGACUGGAAAUUACAUCUUUACCCACGCGGUGAUGAAAAGAGAAAUGGAGAGGGAUACAUAUCUUUUUACGUUAGUAUCCAACGCAAUGCUACCCUUCCUCUUGGCUGGCAGAUCAAUGCAAACAUCAAGUUCUUUGUGUAUGAUCAGAUUCGAGACGAGUACUUAGUAUUCCAAGAUGUUAGCGGAGAAGCAAUACGAUUCCAUGAAAUGAAGAAAGAAUGGGGCACUGCCCAAUUGCUGGAUCUCAAAAUUUUUCAUGAUGCCACAAACGGUUUCCUUCUUCAUGACAAAUGUGCAUUUGGGGUGGAGAUUUUGGCCAAAAGAUACUCCGGCAGAGGAGAGUGCUUGUCUCUGCCUGUGAACAUAUUCAGUACUUACACUUGGAAAGUGGUCAAAUGCUCAAAGACUGGAAAUGUUAUAUAUUCUGAUGUUUUUGUUAUGGGAAAUUUAAAAUGGAAGAUAAUGCUUUAUCCGAAUGGAGGCCAGAAUCAAGAAGGGAAAAACAUUUCCCUCUUUCUAGCGUCAGCUAUUGAAGACACUAAUUUCAGAAUAUUCGCAGAAUACAAAUUGUGCAUAAAGAACCAGAAAAAUGACAAAGAUUUGGAGCGUACAACUAAUCAUUUGUUCACUCAUACAAAAAAGGAUUGGGGUUGGUCUGCGUUUCACCCCCUGAUUGACAUUAAAGAUCCUUUCAAGGGCUACCUAUUGAAAGAUACUCUAAUUGUCCAAGUUGAAAUCACCCGUAUCUCAACUGCGAAAGAUUUCUCCUCAAAAUGAAAGGGCUGAUCAAACCACGUCUCCUGCAUAGUUGUAUGUUUUUUCUUAAUGGUUUGUCAUUAUGCACUCAAUCACAAGUCAAUGCUGAUAUGUUCUUCUCAACAUGGAAUGUGUACAUUGUCUUCCAUGA